UGCAGCUACUGUAGUCUUUGAGAAGAUUUGGUGUCUGGGAAAAUACUGGCAACAUGCUGCACAUAAACUAUUUUUUGCUACUCGCUAAAUAAAUUGUCAAAAAUCGCUGAUUUGAAAGGGGGUAAAAACCUGCUUAAAGUCUUUAAAAUAGAGGUGCUAAUGAGUGGAAGAAAGCAUUUUGUUGAGAAGAGGUAUAGUGAAUUCCAUGCUCUUCAUAAAAAGCUCAAGAAGUUCAUAAGAACGCCAGAGAUCCCUUCGAAACACGUGAGGAACUGGGUCCCAAAGGUCCUGGAGCAGCGACGGCAAGGUCUGGAGUUGUACUUGCAGACGGUCAUUUUAGAAAAUGAAGAACUCCCUAAAAUAUUUCUUGAUUUUCUGAAUGUUCGCCAUGUACCUACCCUGCCAAAAGCAGAAAGCUGUGGCUCUUUUGAUGAAACAGAAUCCGAAGAAAACACAAAAGUAGCACUUCAGCAAGUUUUKUUCUGGUUUUUAUUUUUGUUUUGUUUUGGUUUUCUUUCAGAUGACUUUCCAAAUGUGGUUAUAGAAGGCAUUCUGCAUGGAAUAUUUUAUCCGCAUCUACUGCCCAGGUAGAAGUGAUGUGUGAUUAGAAGAAGCUGAAGCAAGUCUUCAAGUCAUGCUCAAUGGAAUUAAUGAGAAAAAGUCUGGAAUGUGAUAAUUAUGCUCAGAAGGAAGAGGGACAGUCUCAGUUUAAGGUUCAAGCAUUAUACUUUUUUUAAAAAAARAUCAAUGUCAUAUCUGCUGCUUUAAAAAAAAAGAUAUGGAAACAACUGUAAUGAAGUUAUUUAAACCUUAUAUAUAGACGUGCUCUAACUAUUUAACACUAAAAGCUUAAAGUCAUACACUGAAUUACACUAAAUGUUGACAAAGAAUUGAAAGUUUUACUAAUUAUUUUUUGAUUUUUGUCAUAAAUUACACUAAACAUUUUUUGCACCAGGAAUUUUCCCAGCACAUUACCCAUUGCAGGCAGUGGAUGGAUUGAAAGUGCUGGCACUAAAGACAGUAUCUGAAGG